AUGGAGCAUCAAGAUAAUAUCUCGGAGAAGUUUAAAACAUUUGUUGUACAAGAUGCGCCACCAACGGUGUACUACAUCCCCGACUUCAUAUCAGAGGAUGAGGAAGCCUAUCUCCUGGAACAGGUCUACAAAUCCCCAAAACCAAAGUGGACUCAGCUGUCUGGCAGACGGCUUCAGAACUGGGGUGGACUGCCCCGCCCCAAAGGAAUGCUUGCAGAGAAGAUGCCCGACUGGCUUCAAAAGUACUGCGAUCAGAUUUCCUCUCUCAAAGCUUUCUCGGGGAAAGCGGCCAACCACGUACUGGUGAACGAGUACAAGCCUGGAGAGGGGAUUAUGCCCCACGUGGACGGCCCCAUGUACCACCCCACCGUCACCACCAUCAGCCUGGGCUCACACACCCUUCUGGACUUCUACAAGCCCCUGAGCAGCACCCAGGAGUCUGGGGAACCUCAGACGGAGGAGAGCCGCUACCAGUUCUCCCUGCUGGUUCGCCCCCGGAGCCUUCUGGUCCUGCAGGACCACAUGUACCAGAGCCUCCUGCACGGCAUCCAGCCUCGCUUCCAGGACACCCUGACAGACGCGGUGCGCAACCUGCCCUCUGCUGCUGAGGCUGGGGGAGCUGUGGCGGGCGACACCCUGCCAAGGGGAACCAGGGUGUCCCUCACCAUCCGACAUGUGCCCAAAGUCAUAAAGACUACGUUUCUCUUGGGGAAGAAGUGA